AUGGCGUCGUCGGGCAGCGGCGUGCCGGCGGCAAGGGCGGCCGUGGCGCGGAACGAUCUGACCGAGGCGCGUGGCGCCAAGGCGAGGCUCAGGAACUUCCUGCCGCAGCUGGAUGACCACCGCGCGGCGUGGGUGCAUCUGGAGAUCGACGGUGUCCUAACCAAGCUGUCGGCGCGAUGUCGACGUUGGAUGUGA